AUGGAGCCAAAUGGUGCUGCCAAUGCGGCGCCGUCUGCCGCAGACUUGAUUCUGCUCCAGAGGACCGAGAGCCCGCAGUCCGUGCAGCCAGCAGCGCAACAGUUAAUACCCAAGGGCGAUGGUAGCCUCUGGUCGCAAGUGACCAGCAAUCCCCUGUUCACAGCGGGAUUCGGUCUUGGAGCGCUGGGUGCGGGAUUGACCUUUGCGCAGAAGGGGGUUCGUCAUGGCGCCGCUUUGCUGCGACGCCGCAUGCUGGUGGACGUUGAGAUCAGCAUUAAAGACGAUUCAUAUCCAUGGUUCCUGCAUUGGAUGACACUCUAUCAACAAUCACAACUAAACACAGCCCGUGCAGCUACAAGCAAUCCUGGUGUCGUCGAUCGUUUCCUCCAGAAGAUGACCCCCGGCAUGCGCCACCUCUCCAUCCAGACCUCGAAAGUUGAACACUCGAACGGCGCCAUCCAAACCCAAUUCUCCUUGGUUCCGGGACCCGGAAAACAUAUUAUCCGAUACAAAAAUGCGUUCAUCUUUGUGAAUCGCAUACGUGAAUCCAAAUCCCGCGAUAUUCAAACAGGAAAGCCGUGGGAAACGAUCACCUUGACCACUCUCUACUCUCAUCGACACAUCUUCGAAGAUAUUUUCACUGAAGCCCAUGCGUAUGCCGCGAAGUCUCAUGAAGGCAAGACGACGAUUUACAAUAGCUGGGGGACUGAGUGGCGACCAUUUGGAAACCCACGUCGCAAACGUCCGCUGGACUCGGUGGUUCUGGAUGAAGGCGUGAAAGAGCGGAUUGUGGAAGACGUGGAAGAUUUCAUCUCGAGUUCAUCCUGGUACAACGACCGGGGUAUUCCUUACCGCCGUGGGUACUUGCUAUACGGGCCACCGGGGACCGGUAAAAGUUCCUUUAUCCAGGCAUUGGCAGGCGAACUGGACUAUGACAUUGCGAUUCUAAAUCUCAGCGAACGUGGCUUAACCGACGACCGGCUCAAUCAUCUUUUGACUAUUGUACCAAACCGGACCCUGGUCCUACUCGAGGAUGUCGAUGCAGCAUUCUCUAACAAGCGCAUGCAAAGCGACGCGGACGGCUAUCGCGGAGCCAACGUUACUUUCUCCGGCUUACUGAAUGCGCUUGACGGCGUCGCCAGCGCCGAGGAGCGCAUCAUUUUCCUUACUACCAAUCACGUCGAACGACUUGACGAGGCCUUAGUCCGACCUGGGCGCGUAGAUAUGACCGUGCGCCUGGGUGAAGUCACGCGCUAUCAGGUCGAGCGCCUCUGGAAUCGAUUCUACGAGGAGCUCGACACGGAUGGCUCCCAUCGAAAAGCAUUCCUCGACCGACUUCAGCAGCUGGGCUUGGUUGAGGAUGAGAAUGGUCAUAAGGCCGACAGGUCCAAAAACACCAGCGCUGCUGCUCUACAAGGGCUGUUUUUGUAUAACAAGGGGAAUAUGGAGGGUGCGAUUUCGAUGGCCGAAGGGCUCACUUAUUCCGUGCAUGAGGAGGCCUUGGUACACGACCAAGGUCGAAGCGACUAA